UACGGUGACUCAUCUCAGCCUCUGUCUCAGCCUUACUGGCCAUGAAAGGACGACAUGCCUAAAUUAGGAUAGAUUCUAUUAUUAAGUCCUCACAAACACUGGGAAACCACUUUCCACCUUCCUGCCAUCAUCCAACACUUGCGAUAAAGCAUUCCGAAGGGCAUCGCUCCUUCCAGAAGUGAUCAUGCAGGAUGCUUUCCUUUUUCCCAAAUCAAUCCCCUAGGAGUCUUCCCCCAUGCAACAUCAUUCCUCCUGCAUCUUCACCCUGCAGAACUAUCUACCAUAACCAUCCACCAUGUAUGCUGGCACCUCCCUCAGCGCCAAGGAGCGCCUGCGACGAUCCAAGUCAACUCGAUCGAUCAGGAAAAGUCGCCAGACUUCGUCCGGCGAGUCGUUUGACGCGGAUGUCGGCAGGCAACAUGCCCUGGCUGCAGCCUCUCUGGCCAUGCGACGCUCCCUAGAACGAUCCUCGGCCGAAUCGCACGCCUCCCAGGAUCGAUGGCGGGACUCCGAAAACAAAUAUCAGCCAAAAAGACAUUCAAUCGCCGACGACCUUCACAAGGAGAAGCAGUCUCCGAGCCCUUCUCCGCCUCCCACGCGCGCUCCGCCCCCUCGUCCACGAGACGUCUAUCCGACAGUGGCUCUUCCGUCCAUCAGCGAGUUCUAUGGCCUGGAUGGUCGAAACUCCUCGCUGCCGUCUUCAUAUCGGCGUCUGCGCAAGUCUCGCUCCAUGUUUUCGACCAGACAGCGCGCCUCGCGUCCAGCGUAUGCCCUGUCGUCGUCCGAGUCGCAUCCGCAGACCACCGCGGACCGUCUGCAGUCGGCCUGUACGCCCCACUCGCAUGGCUCCCUUCGGCGCUCGAUGUCAUUUCUGAGGGCAGUCUAUCAGUCGGACAAUAAGCACUCACUGCGGCGUGCAAAGAGUCAUGACGCGGCGAUCCAACUAGCCCGCGCCCAGUUCCAGCAGAGCCCUACAAGCCAAGGUACUCGAACCAGGCAUUCUUCUUUCUCUCUCAUCGCAUCCAAGCGGGGCCACAGAUCAUUUCGGAAAUCUUUCCGUGCGAUCAGUACCUCGAGGAUCGAGGCUACCACUCCUCCCACAUCGGACAUAUCCACGAGCGUCCCUUCGCACAAACGGACUCGGGCCAUCUCGAGCUCCAUCAAGAAGGGGAUCAAACGAGUCCUGGGACUGCGGGCGGAUGGUUGCGAUAAAGAGAAUGUUCCCGUAUCCCCGCCAUUGCCCCGACGCUGGGCCCAGCAGCUCUCUUCGCCUGCCUCCGGGAUGGGCAACUAUCCAGACAGCGUCAGCGCUCGUAGCCCGCAUCCCCCAUCCCCUGUGCGGAACAAACCAAGCUCAGCCAGUGAAGCCAGCUCGCGCUCUCGUGUGACGAGUUGGGCGGAUUCCACGGUGGCAAACACCAUCACAACUCGUCGGACCGGUCACCACGGCCAUAUGUCAGUCAUCGACGAAGCAAGCGGGCUCCCCAGGAUGCCCGAGUUUAGUCUGUCCGAGCUCAGUCCGUCCAAGUCCCCUAAUGGAAUCGACAGUCAGAGCCUGUUCGCGGCCUUGAUGAAGCGAAUCGGCAAAUCCAGCCCGCAAAGCCCCGGAGAAGAGGUCGCGUUGGGACAGGUGAAACAACAUCGCGCAAUUCCACACCAGUCAACCCAUCUGCAUUCCUGGGCCAGUCGGCGAACCAUUCGCCAUAUCCCCAGUGAGGAAUCCCUGGCGUCGCCGGGGUCGUAUAGGACCGCCAAGUGCAACAUGAUGACCCCCAGGAUGCCGCCUCGUGCGCAGUCUCGGCCGCUACCGUGCGUGCCAGGGUCGCAGGAUGCACGACCCGACAGCCCGCAUGCGACGAGGUCGCCCAGCCCGAAAGAUUGGUCCCGUUCUCCCAGCGUGUACUCUCGCACGGCCAGUGGCCGACCGACGCCAAAGCCCAAAGUCGACAACGCAUCGUCCUCGGGGUCGGAUGAUGACGAGCCCGGUGUGGCCACUAUCUUCGCAAGCCAGCGGUCCACGUACUGCUCCCCUGGACGAUCAUCCAAUCCCGGGGACAGUGGCACCGCUACGGCUGCGCCCAUUCAGCCUAGCUUGGACUGGCAGCAGUGGAUGCAGUCUCAGAUUGCCAGUAUUGAAGUUGAAAAUCCUGCCAGAGAACACUACCGAGAGGAUGCGCAGAUCCACGACGAUCCAUCCCACUGCGCGCCCACCAUCGCAGCCAGCCUCCCCGAAACCAGGCCCCAAGAUGAAACCGACUUGUUGGGCUCCGUGGGGCGAUCAGGCAGUAACUUCUCUCGGCCCUUCAGCCGGUCCUCCAGCGUCCGUACGACAGUCAAAGGUUGGAAAGAGCCUACUAGCGGUCACGGUGUUCCCACGAGAAUGAAUCUGCCUGCCAAAUCACCGAUCUGGGGCAAUUCCAAUGGGUAUUCUCUCUACAUCAACCGGACGCGAAACCGGGACUCGAAACUCCCAAUCUCCCCCACGGCGUCUUCACCGGCUCAUGGGAUGGGCAUGCCCGACUCGCCGACUGCUAGGAGGGAGCCUGCCGAACUGUCGUCUCGCUGGUUUGACAGCGCUCAAACAAGCCGGUAUCCGUCACGUCGUCAGCUCAUCAUCCCAGACGAUCGGGCGCAGCAGCCCCGGUCGACGCGGGUGCCUCGAGACCACAACCGCCGAACGACCAACGAGAACCUGCGGCUGGAUGCAAAGCCCAGCCACCUGCACGGCGUCAGUCCAUCCAAGGACGUGACCCCGACCAUGUCGAGCAAGCGCAUGGUCGAGCUGUUCCUAAACAGCCGGCGGCGGCAGACGGGCACGGGGCUGUCGGAGCGAGGGCCCGAGGAUGCGUUUGUAUAAGCAUUGCUGGAACACAGGAAAUGACGGAUAUUGUCUUAUUCUCCUCGGAAGUUAUUAUAUAUGUAUUACGGCUGUACGAAGAGGAUGAAGCCGACCAACCUAUUCGGUGUGGUUAGCAAUAUGUAUUCUAUGUGUCUUCACAGAUGCAAGAACCCAACGCAGAAAAUGAA